AUGGUGGAUGUAACUGUAGAUAAAGCAGAGGUAGAUCUAAUUAAUGUUGAUGGUUUUGAAAAGUUGAUAACUGAGUUGACCAUCGAAGACAUAUGGAGAUUGGUGUUUGAUACGAAAUCUCAAGUUUGUGAAUUUUAUGCCAAAUAUGCCAAGUGCUAUGGAUUUGUGUCCCAAAAAUACUUGAAGAUGGUGGAUGUUAAUGGCAACAUUAAUACAAGACAAUUGGUUUGCAAUAAAGUAGGAGAAAGACAUUGGAAGCACCUUAAAAGGGACAAUCGGCAAAGGGAGCAUAGGAUAAUUACUCGUGUCAACUGCAAGGCUAGGAUUCGUUUCAUUCGUCACUAUAGAACGGGUGGAUACGAUAAAGUGGGUUUUACUUGCAAAGACCUACAUAACCACAUUAGUAAGACUAGGCGUGGCAAAGUGAAAGACGGUGAUGCAUUUGCUGCGUUGGCCUAUCUGUUGUCCAAGAUAGACAGUGACCCGUUAUUUCUAGGAAAGUUCACCUUAAAAGAUGGUAGAUUGGAUAAUUUGAUGUGGGCUGAUGGAGCAAGCAUUGUUGAUUACAAAUAUUUUGGUGAUGUACUCGCUUUUGACACCACUUACAAGAAAAAUAUCUACAACAAGCCCUUAGUUAUAUUUUCAGGGACCAACCACCAUGGCUAA